GGAGGACCCUGCCUUGCCCUGCCCAGAGGUGAGAGGUCUCUGUCCAUCGAUGCCGCUGCGCAGCCCAGCAGAGAGAGGAGAGAGACGCCCGCAAGCAUCUGCGAUUGCACAGCCGCCUCCAGCUCAGGCUGCCUCAAGAAGGAAAUGUUCAACCAGAAGAAACUCCGGUUGUAUCAAGUGAUCCAACAUUGCUGAAGUUCAGUUCAACAUAAGAGCCUUUGCUUAUGCCCAGAUUCAUGGCUGUGGUCUGAACCUUGCUCUAGGCAGCACUUGGAUGAGAGAGGCCCCAGGAAUCCUAUGUCUACCAUCUUAGGUUCCACAGAAGAAAUGUGAGGGAGAAAGUUUUUCGUGUAAUACCACACAAUGAAGAACAGAUAGAAGUCCUCAAUUACUUGGCCAGUGAUAUGCAGAUUGAUUUCUGGCGCCCAGAUUCUGUUGCACAAGUGAAAACAGAAAUGACUGUUGACUUCCGAGUUGAAGCAGACCAGUGUUCUGAAGUUGAGAGUCUUCUGCAGCUGAGUGGACUGGAAUAUGAAAUCCUGAUUGACAAUCUUCAGGCUGUACUUGAUCGGCAGUUUGACAACUAUGCUCGGUCAAGUGGAUACAACUAUGAAAAAUACAAUACGUGGGAAAAGAUAGAAGCUUGGACAGCUGACAUUUCUAAUCAGAAUCCAGAUCUUGUUUCUCGGUCACAGAUAGGAACAACCUUUGAGGGACGUCCAAUGUACCUCCUGAAGGUGGGAAGGCCUGGUGCAAACAAAAAGGCCAUCUUUAUGGAUUGUGGCUUCCAUGCCAGAGAAUGGAUCUCACCUGCGUUCUGCCAGUGGUUUGUGAGACAGGCUGUUCGAACCUAUGGAAAAGAAACCAUUAUGACAGAACUUCUGGAGAAGUUGGACUUCUAUGUCUUGCCCGUAUUGAACAUUGAUGGCUAUGUCUAUACUUGGACAAAGUCUCGCAUGUGGAGGAAGACUCGUUCUGUAAAUGCCGGCAGUUCUUGCAUUGGUACUGAUCCCAACAGAAAUUUUGAUGCUGGGUGGUGCAGCACUGGGGCUUCAAAAAGACCAUGUGAUGAUACUUUUUGUGGCAGUGCACCUGAAUCUGAAAAGGAGACCAAGGCCUUGGCUGAUUUCAUCCGUGGACACCUCUCAACAAUUAAAGCUUACCUGACCAUACACUCUUAUUCCCAAAUGCUACUGUAUCCAUAUUCUUAUACUUAUGAUGUAACAAAGGACAAUGUGGAAUUGAAUGGCCUGGCUAAAGCUGCCGUCAAAGAACUAGCUACAGUGCAUGGCACCAAAUACACAUAUGGUCCAGGAGCGACAACAAUCUAUCCUGCGGCUGGUGGUUCUGAUGACUGGGCUUAUGACGAGGGCAUCAAGUAUGCCUUCACCUUUGAACUUCGCGACACAGGCCGAUAUGGUUUCGCACUUCCUGAAUCUCAGAUAAAGCCAACCUGUGAAGAAACAUUGGUUGCUGUUAAAUAUAUUGCCAGCUACGUCCUUGACCAUCUGUAUUAAAAACAAC